AUGGCAAGUGACAGUGAAGCUCUCCAGGGGCUUUACGAUAAACAUUGUGUUCAAGGGUUUAAAUAUGCAUACGGCACGGCUGGUUUUCGCUACAAUGCAGAUGUGUUGGACACCGUUAUGUUCACCACAGGCGUUCUGGCCGGUUUGCGAUCAAUCUAUCUGGGAGGAAAGACUGUGGGAGUAAUGAUCACAGCCUCACACAAUCCUCCUCAAGAUAAUGGUGUAAAAAUCGUCGAUCCACGAGGCGAAAUGCUAGAGAAAAGCUGGGAGAGCUAUGCGACUGAAUUGGCGAACAGCGCAUCUCAAAACUUCGCAAGCUUCCAAAACAAGCUGAAAGAAUUGCUUGAGAUUUUGAAACUAGACUUGAUGACACCUGGAUGUGUUGCGGUUGCACGCGACUCCCGUGAUUCUGGCCCUCGUCUUUUGGCCGCUUUCAAGACAGGCACCGAAGUAUUGGCAAACCUGCAGGUUACAGACCAUGGCGUCCUAACCACACCACAGCUGCAUUUCCUCACCUGCAAAACCAACGAUCUUGGCCAGGGCGCUGUUAUAGCCGAGACAUUAUACUUCAAGGAGUUUUUGAGCGCGUGGGAUGAGCUCACUAUGCUCUGCAAUAUCCAAUCACUCCCUUAUAAGAUUAGAAUCGAUGCUGCAAAUGGAGUUGGUGCACCCAAGGUAGAAGAGAUGCUAGGUGCUCGUUCUUUUUUCGAUAAUACAUUCACGGUGGUAAAUGGAGACUGGAAAAAUCCACCUGCUCUGAACCAUUUAUGUGGUGCAGACUUUGUCAAGACCAAUCAAAGGUUACCUCAGGGUAUUUCUGGCGAUGCUAAGCAGGGCCCACAUAUCAAUUGCUCUUUUGAUGGCGAUGCUGAUCGGGUAGUGUUCUACUACGUCAACUCGGUAGGCGAGUUUAAGCUACUGGACGGUGAUAAGAUUGCCACUUUGUUCGCCAAAUUUUUCCAAGAAUUACUGCAAACUGCGGGUUUGCGGGACGAACUUCAACUGGGCACUGUGCAGACAGCAUAUGCCAACGGCAGCUCCACUCACUACCUGGAGAAAAUGCUUGGAGUUCCUGUGACAUGUACACCCACAGGUGUAAAGCAUCUGCACCACGAAGCUGUUAAGUUCGACAUAGGUAUCUAUUUCGAGGCGAAUGGCCACGGGACGAUUGUUUUCUCGGAAAAAGUUACCGAACUGGUGACCCAGAAAUUCUCCGAUGCUAGCGAGUCGAAAGACCGCCACAAUGCGUUACAGCUACUAUUAGUGUUUUCCAAAUUGAUAAAUCAAACAGUUGGAGAUGCUAUUUCUGACAUGCUUGGUGUUAUGGCCGUUUUAUCGAUUCUUAAAUGGACGCCUGAGCAGUGGGAUAAUGAAUACACGGACUUGCCCAACAAGCUGAUUAAAGUCUUGGUUCCGGAUAGAACUGUAUUCAAGACUGUUAACGCUGAGAGGCAACUGGUAAGUCCCGUAGGACUGCAACAAUCAAUCGAUGAUCUCGUCGACAAAUUUGACAAUGCAAGAUCAUUUGUAAGAGCCAGUGGAACAGAAGACGCAGUAAGAGUUUACGCCGAAGCGGCAACAAGACAAAAAGUUGAAGAGUUGGUUACAAUGGUGGGUCAACUAGUUGAGAAGUCUUGA